AUGAUGCGAAGCCUGAAGCGACACAAAAACUUAUUCUACAAUCACUACAUGCAUAGGUUUGUAGCAGCCUCAUCCAGGAUAUACCACUCUGCCCAAACCUUUGUCGUGCUUGCAAAGGAGCCGAAAAAGCGCUAUCAAGUCUGACAUUCAGCCACCAGCCAAGUCCCCUCCCCCAGGCAUCAGCGAAGCUCUACGGUAGGAGGUGGAAGAACCCCGCCAAAGGCCAGCUACUUCCAUCACUACUCACUUGCUACUACCUACCUACCACCUGCCCCGCACGUGUAAGACAGCGAGAUUGGAAGGCGUAAGUUACGCACGGCGGACAUCCAGAAUCAUGGCUCCCGAAGAAUUGCACGUUGAGGCAACCCUCAUCAAAAAGGCUGGCGAUGCGCUCGACUAUGCGACUUUCGAGCAAAUCUUACAAAUGGACGAUGACGAGGAUGAGAGGGAAUUUAGCCGCGAGAUUGUCUUUGAUUUCUUCCAGCAAGCCGAAAGCACAUUCAAGAAUAUGGAUACAGCCCUCGGCGAGCGCGACUUGGAAGAACUCUCGUCUCUCGGCCACUUCCUCAAAGGUUCAUCGGCGACUCUAGGUCUGACCAAAGUCAAAGACAGCUGCGAGAAAAUCCAGCACAUUGGUUCCCGCAAGGACGAGACUGGAUCGCACGACGAAUUGGACGACGAUAAGAGCCUAGAAAAACUAGAUGGCAUCAUCAAGCAGACCAAGAAAGAUUUCGAGGUUAUUGAGAAGCUCAUGAGGGAGUUUUACGAAGCAUGAGUGAUACCCCUUCUCUUCUCCGACGUUGUGAGACGACUCACACGGCGUGACGGAUGACGUGACAUGACAAGGCAUCUUUG